AGUCGUUGAUCAGUCAUUUCUAGGCGAUCAAAGUGAACGCACGUAACGUUCAACGCAGUUAAGAUCUAGAGAGAUCUGUUAGAGAGACCAUAUCACUAUUAUACAAAUCAGCAUUAUUUCAGAGAGUCGAGCUCAGCAAGAUGUCAAGAGUACAAACCGUGCUGGGCAGCAUUACGCCCAAUUUGCUAGGUCGUGCGCUCACCCAUGAGCAUGUGGCUUUGGACUUUGCCCACUUCUAUAAGCCACCGCCAGCUGAUUUCGAGGCUGAGUUGCAGCAGAAGAUUAGCAUGUCCACGCUGGGGUAUGUGCGUCUAUAUCCCUACUCUAGUCGCGAGAACAUACGCUUCUGUGAUGACGAGGCACUGGAGGCGGCACGCAAGGAUGUAUUGCUUUAUAAGAAACAUGGCGGUGGUGCCAUUGUGGAGAACAGCAGCUAUGGUCUGAAACGCAAUCUGGAGUUCAUUGUGGAGCUGGCCAAGUCAACGGGUGUGCAUUUUAUAGCGGGAACUGGGCAUUAUAUACAUGCAGUGCAGGAUGAAAAACAUGCUAAUCUCACGGUGGAGCAAAUGUCAGAUUUGUAUACCAAGGAUAUACUGACGGGAAUUGAGGUAGACGGUCAAAUGGUGAAGUGUGGUUUCAUUGGUGAGGUAGCCAGCGUAUAUCCAGUUCAAGAGUUUGAGCGUCAUGCUUUGAUGGCCACGGGUGAAAUUCAGGAAGUGUUGGGCUGUGGUGUUUCACUGCAUCCACAUCGCGUCACCGAGGCGCCUUUCGAGAUUAUGCGUCUGUAUAUGGAAGCGGGCGGCAAAGCCAAUAAGUGUGUGAUGUCGCAUUUGGAUCGCACUUUGUUUGAUCUGGAUGAGCUGCUGGAGUUUGCCAAGCUGGGCUGCUAUCUGCAAUAUGAUCUGUUUGGCACAGAGUGCUCUUAUUAUCAGCUAAACGCUGCGGUGGAUAUGAUAUCGGACGGACAGCGCAUAGAUAAUCUGAUGAAGCUUUUAGAUGAGGGUCUUGUGGACAGACUCUUGAUGUCGCAUGAUAUUCACACCAAGCAUCGUUUGACAUCCUAUGGCGGGCAUGGCUACCAUCACAUUCAUAUGAACAUUUUGCCACGCAUGUUCCAGCGCGGCGUUACCUUAGAGCAGGUGGAACAGAUGACUGUUAUCAAUCCAGCCAAUUGGUUGGCUUUUAGCGCUUAAAGCAGCAGCAGCAGCAGCAGCACAUGAUACAUGAACUUCGUGCUGAGCUAUAUAUAAAUAUACAUAUACAUAUAUGUAUAUG